AUGGUAAGUGCAGAGCUUCAGCAGCUCAAGCGGAAGUAUGAUGAGGAAGAUGUUGAGCCGCAGCUGGAUCCAGACGAGGAUGACGGUUACGAAGAUUAUGUCCCAAUCAAGAAACGCAAGGCUGCGAUGAGAGAGAAGCUCGUCUCGGACAGGCAGAAGGAACGUCGAGAAGAAGCCGAACGAGUCAUGCGCGAGAGACUCGCGGAGGAAAAGAAGAAGCGUGGCAUCGCAAACUCCUUGUUGGCUGUGUCGGCAAAGCUCAAAGCAGAAGAGGAGGCCAACAAGGAAGGGCGCGAAGCUGCGAUCAAAGAAAGCAUCAGGAAUGAGGAGGACCAGCUCCUCGAGCAGGUUCAACUGCAAAUGAGCACGCCCUUGAUGUCCGUCCGGGAGCGAGCCAAGGGCAUCCUCUACACGCAGAGGAUGCCAGCGAUUGGCGACUGGCGGCCGAUACAGAAGUACCGUGACAUGCCAGAAGCAGAGAGAGCUUCGGUCCGCGAGAAGUACUUCAUCGAGGUGAACGGACAAGAGAUCCCAGCACCGAUCAAGCGCUUCGAGGAAAUGCGGCUGCCGCGCGGCAUUCUCGAAGGCUUGAAGGCCAAAGGAAUCAUUAGGCCAACCCAAAUCCAGAUGCAAGGCAUUCCAGCAGGGCUGAUGGGCCGUGACAUUAUUGGAAUUGCCUUUACCGGCAGUGGCAAGACGCUUGUGUUUGGCCUGCCCAUGAUUAUGUGCGCGCUGGAGCAAGAGCUUCGCGCUCGGGUGCAGCCAACCGAAGGCCCUUUUGGCCUAAUCAUUGCGCCCUCCCGUGAGCUGGCGCACCAGACCUACGAGGUCCUGGAGUUCUACACGGACCACUUGGCCGAGUACCACAAGGAGUUCCCAAAGCUCAGAUCGGUUCUUACCAUUGGCGGGCUCAGCACUGGAACCCAAGCGAUGGCAAUCAAAAAGGGCUGCCACAUGGUCGUUGCGACACCCGGCCGAUUAAAUGACCUGCUGAGCAAGAAGCGCAUGUCACUGGCACAGUGCCAAGUUCUGGUGCUUGACGAGGCGGACCGCAUGAUCGACUUAGGCUUCGAAGAAGAGAUCCGGAACACCUUGGACCAUUACCGAGGUCAAAGGCAGACACUUCUUUUCAGCGCGACGAUGCCAAAGAAGAUCCAGGACUUCGCGAAGACAGCGCUGGUGGACGCGGUCGUGAUUAACGUGGGCCGUGCUGGCGCUGCCAACUUGGAUGUCAUUCAAGAGGUUGAGUACGUCAAGCAGGAGGCCAAGCUGGUGUACCUCCUCAAGUGUUUGCAGAAGACACCUCCCCCAGUGCUGAUCUUCUGCGAGAACAAGUCGGACGUGGAUGAUGUGCACGAGUACCUGCUGUUAAAGAGCGUCGAGGUGCUGGAGGCCAUGCAGAAAGGUGGUGGUCUGCCAGCCGCGCCUCCUGUGCCACUCGCAAGCAACCCACCGAAAGCCGAGAAAGGACGCUCGCCACGCUCUCCUUGGAUCGCUCGUCGAAUUCGUGGAGAGACUCGGGCACAGCUAGCUCGGCUUGCUGUGGACGAGGACUUGGAGCCGACGUCGCCCACGUCCCAGCCUUCAGAGGUCCAAGAGGAAGAAGUGGAGGCGCUGCGCACCUUAGCGGACCUCUCGGACAGCGAGCUUGGCAAAAUCUGCAGAGGAAGCGUGCCAGUGGUUCAAAAAGAUCUGGAGCGGCAGAAUUUGGAGCGUGCACAGCGGAGAAGGCGUGUGAUCGAGGCGGAAGCGCAGAAAGCGCGUCGCUCUGCUGUUGAGUUUCGCCAGCGCCGCGAAGUCGUCAGUCCAGAGAAGCAGAAGGAGGUAACGCCACAGCAUACGGACGCACGGGAGGCCGACAGAAACCAGCGCUUACAGCAGGUGCUGGGAAAGCUUUCGGGCUCCAUCCCCGUGACGACAGUGGAAGACACGAGAGAGGGUUCCGACUACGAGGGCUUGAUGAGUUCAGAUUCCGAGGAUGCGGACUCUGUCAAGCUGGAGCAGAAGAAGCUAUCAGAGCGCUCCAAGCAGAUUCGGAGGAGAGUUAAGGAGGCAGCCAUCAACGGUAUCCGUGAAAAGAAGAAGUUCGUUGACCGAAUGAAUCGCAAAAGGAGGUAUCGAGAGGCGGUGUGGAAAGCUCUGCCACAAGCUGAGCGGGCAGCCACAGAGUCCGCCUUCAAGCUCCACUGCAACCAGUACUACACACUCACUGCCGAAGCCGCACUAGAUGCUUUGCGUGACAUUGGCCUUAGAGGGCGCACGAUGGUGGAGCGCAUUGUGGUGGAGCGUGCAGUCACCUCCCUGGUGAGGGAGUUGAUCAGUGUGGAGGAGCAAGGCAUCUCGGGAGCCUGGGGUGCUGCGCCGAAGGGAUCUCCGCAGGUCUGGUGGAAGACGCCCAAGGAGUUAUCAGCUCUUCCGAUGGCGCGCAUGGCUCAAGACAAGACCAAGCCCUCGCAGCCGCAGCAGCAGGUUCGGGGCAGCCGUCAUCAUCAUCGCCGAAUGAGUGCUAGUCAGCCUCGGCAAUCCUCAGUCACCGCCCAGAGGGCCUCCACGAUCAAGGACGAGCGAGAGGCCGAGCAAGCCGCCAAGGAGCUUGCUGCGGCCCUCGAGCAAAAGACGCCGCAUCCCACCGGCAUUCCAAUCGAGGCCUUCGGGGCUGAGGUGGUGCCGGUGGCACGCUGGGAGUUCUUCGAGCAGAGGGCCGAGCUGCACUUCCGGCUCUUCGUCAAGGAAAUCGAGUCAUCGCCGAAUCCCAGCGGCAUCGAUUUCGAUCAGUUUCAGAAGCUGGUGACAGCGCUCGAGCUUGACAAAGCGAAAGGCCCGCUUCCGCCAGCCAUAAAGCGCGACAAGCAGAUGAAGAUCGGGCCAGAGACCAUCUUGGACUUGGAGAUGGUGCACAUCCGCUUGCUGCAGCUGGAGGAAAGGGCCGCGCGUGCCGCCAGCGCUAGGGAAUGGGCCGUUGCGAAGCAGGCAAAAAUUGUCGAGAGCCGCUUUAAAAAACACAGGCCGGAGCUGCUUUGGAUGUGGGAGAUGUUCAGCGUCCACGAUGAUGAUCACUGUGGAUUCUUGGGCCAGUUUGAAGUUCGGCGGCUGCUGAAAUUCAUGGGCCUGGAGCCAUACAAGCAAAGCGUGGCUUCCACGGUGGACCACAUCAUCAGCCAGGUAGACGAGAAUCAUGAUGAUGAGGUUGACUUCAACGAGUUUCUGCUUUUGGUUGACCAUCUGCGGACAUUCAUGAUGAAGCGGAGACGAUCACGCCUUCAUAAAAUCUAUUUGAGUCUGGAUUUGGACCAGAACAGCUGCUUAGACUUCGACCAGAUCGUGGCAGCUCUGGCACAGGAGGGCUUGCUUCGUUCUAGACGUGAGUACGCCCUGGCACAAGAACUUUUAGACGAGGAGUUUGAUCUUCGAGCUGUGCUUCACCCCAGCGGCGAGGUUGACUCACCCUCCACAACAUCUCCUCGCAGCAGCAGCUUGAGCCCUCGGAAGAUGAGGCAGCGCCAGGCGAUGGCAGACGACGCUGGAAGUGUCGACUUCUAUGGCUUCAGUCUCAUCUACCAGCUGGUGUGGGAGCGUCUGAGCCAACUUCAGGCUGAACGCAUUUCUCAGGCAGCGAAGGCCCUGAACUUCACCAUGACUGAGUUGGCAGAUAUCCAGGCAGCCUUCGAUGUGGCGGACCUAGAUGGCGACGGUAUGUUGACUCGCAGCGAGCUUCGCGAGGUCUUGGUUCCACUGAUUGCGCGGAUGCCAGACGAGCAACAGCUGAAGCAUGUCCUGACAUCCAUCGACGUCGAACGUAGUGAAGGUAUUGAUAUCUUCGAGUUCUUAACCAUUUUACGUUCCCUGGUGACCGGACCAAACGGCAUGGUGCACAUGUACAAGCCGUUCUCCUUGAUGGAGAAUGUCUCGUUCGAAAAACAGCAAGAACUUCUUGGUGUUUGGCCGAUUUCGGAUUCGUAUAUCAAGAACCUGGAUGCAAAUGAGCUCAUGGAGAUGUUGAGCAACUUUCUAGGUGUGCGACCAGAGCAAAACAUGCGCGAGCUGCCUUAUCCAAUCAGCAGCUAUCGGAAGUUGAAGGAGUUUGCUCUUCGACAAGCUGAGAAGGCUACGCAACGACACAGGUACGGAAUGGAUCGGAAUGGUAUAGUCUCGCACAAAGCUCCUGAAGGAGCCUUUGUGUUUCGCGAGCUUAGGAAGGACACGGGCUUGGUUGUGAAAAGGUUCCAGUGCUUUGUCACCUCUUGUCCACCACUGCCAAGCGCAUGA